CUAACUGGGCCAAGACUGUCUGUCAGGGUUACCAUGGCGACGGGAAGCUAGCUUGAAGGACUGCAGAUUCACUGUGUGUGUUUCUAUGUGUCUGUGUCCUCUCUAAUGAUAAAAAUUACAACAAAAAAACUAUGCCGAAUUGCAGUCUGUCGGGCGACUGAACGUGUGGAUGAUGUGGGAGUUUGAGAGAGAGAGAGAGAGAGACAGAAAACAGGAGAUUAACGGUGAGCGCGCAGCUCGCCCCCGUGUCGUCCAUCUGCAUCCGCGGUGAGAGUGAACAUGACGGCCCGGUCUGUGCGGUCCCUCCCCGGAGUCCUAAAGUCCGUGUUCAGCAACCGGUUGUCAAGGGUUUAUGGCGCAGCUGCAUGUAAUCAGAGACACAUGUCCACUUAUACCGAAGUUGCUGGUCAACACGUGUCUGCCUCCUCCUCACUGUCCUACUAACCUCCCUGUUUUCUCUCCUCCGUUCUGAAUCCCUCCUCCUUCCAUCCACCCACACCAGACCAUACCUCCACCGGCGCGGUAUGGAGGCAGGCACACUGUGACUCUGAUUCCCGGAGAUGGCAUCGGACCAGAGCUGGCCCACCACGUGCGCGAACUAUUCCGGUUCUGCUGCGUGCCAGUGGACUUUGAAGUUGUCAAUGUGGACUCAUCUAUGGCGUCAGAGGAUGACAUCAAUGAUGCCAUAAUGGCCAUCAGACGCAACGGUGUUGCACUUAAAGGUAACAUUGAAACCAACCACAACUUGCCACCAUCCUACAAGUCCAGAAACAGCCUGCUCCGCACCACUCUGGAUCUUUAUGCUAAUGUGAUGCACUGCCAGUCUCUACCAGGAGUGAGGACACGCCACAAAAACAUCGACAUCAUGAUCAUCAGGGAGAACACUGAGGGAGAGUACAGCAGCCUGGAGCACGAGGUAUGUAAUCAUCACUUUGAUCAUAUACACGGAAUUAAAUUAAUCACCUCAAAUCGACCUCCAUCUUCACUCUUUUCUCUCCCCCUGCAGAAUGUACCAGGUGUUGUUGAAUGUCUGAAGAUCAUCACCAAAACCAAAUCUUUACGCAUCGCUGACUACGCAUUCAGGGCUGCUCGGGCAACAGGACGCAGACGAGUGACUGCUGUACACAAAGCUAACAUCAUGAAGUUGGCUGAUGGCCUCUUCCUGGAGUGCUGCAAGGAGGUCGCCAGCGGUUACCCUGAAAUCAGCUUUGACAGCAUGAUUGUGGACAACACUACCAUGCAGCUUGUUUCCAGGCCCCAGCAGUUCGAUGUGAUGGUCAUGCCCAACCUGUAUGGAAACGUGGUGAGCAAUGUGUGUGCCGGGCUGGUUGGUGGACCAGGCCUGGUGCCUGGAGCCAACUACGGGGAGGACUACGCUGUGUUUGAGACGGGCACCAGGAACACCGGUAAGAGCAUCGCUAACCGUAACACAGCAAACCCCACGGCCAUGCUGCUGGCAUCCUGCUUGCUGCUGGAUCACCUAAAACUCCACGCCUACGCCAGCAUGAUCCGCAGAGCCAUCCUCUCCACGAUCACCGAGACUCGGCUGCACACCGCUGACCUGGGAGGCCAAGGCUCCACAUCUGAGGUGGUUCAGUCCAUCAUGAAUGCUGUUCAGAGCACUGGGCCCCAGACCUUGAGCAUCUAGAAAUACUGUAAUCUCUCUCACAGCAGAGACGUUUACUAGUGUGCCUCUGUUCAAUGAGUCCUCUAUGCAAUUUCAUAAGGUAGUAUUACUGAAAUAAAACUGUGUCCACCAACACUUCAGGUGUCUAUUUAGCAGUAUUCUUCCUUAUCUUAACAAAGAUUGUUUCCUCACCUCCCAACUGUUAUUUGAAGUUAACUGAACAUUUUGUUGUUUGCACCCCCUUCUUUACUCUUCACUGUAUGAAUCACUACACAAUACUACACCUGUUUGAGUCACACCAAAUCCUUUCAAUAUUUAUUAGUUUUAUUAAUUCAUAUGUGAUCAAAUAAUAACAAUGAUGAAAUAAUGAAACCAGCUAUUGAAAUUUAACUUAUUUUAAACCAGCCAUAGAUGUUGUUCAGCUACUGAAUGACAGCUGUCUUACUACUGAAUGUAUUGGGCUAAAUUUACCUCUAAUAAAGCUCACAAAGCUCA